GAAAAAGACGUGUAACAUGUCUACAGAUGGACGCAAGUAUAAACUGAACGACACCGUCUGCGGCUAUGACGCUGCGGAGGCAAUAAACAACAUCGUGGAGUAUAUAAACGCAUGUGUCCAAGAAAGUUGCGAUAUCGUUUACCAUUUGACCAGAGAAGAGCUGACUUUUAAUCUGAAUGGUACUUUCAAAACGGAGGUUGAAGGUUUGACCACAAUGGCCGGAGUUUGCACAGCAGAAAGAUUCGCUGUUGGAGAAGACACUCCGCCAACUUACAAUGGACGUAUAACGAUGGCGCACGAAAUUGGGCAUUUGCUUGGCUGCAAUCACGAUGGAUGUCCCACGUCAGAGAACUGCUCUUUUUUGAACAGUAACCUUAUGUCUCUCAUCAACAAAGACAUUCAAAAUAAAUCGAAGCUUUCAGAUUGCUGCAUAAGAAGCAUACAAGAAUUAGUCAGCAGACUGCCGGAUUCAUGUUUAUACGUCAACACCACUACAAAUUUUACAAAUGAUUUUUAUCCUGGUGAAAACCUCACAGACGAACAUUUUUGUAAGUUAAUGCAUCCAGAUGUAGAAGUCGUGCCGGCUUAUAAGAAUAAUACGAAAGAAUGCCAGCUUGAUUGUUGCUGGAAUGACACAGAUUCGGAAAGCGCAUAUGAUUAUGAAUCGGAAUAUUCGGAUAAUACAGACACAGAAUGUGAAGAGGGAAUCUGUGAAGACGUCUGCGAGUUUCACGACAGGCUGGACGGAAUGACAUGUGGUGUAAACAAGACAUGCUUCAGAGGGACUUGCGUGAAUCACAACUGGACUGAAAUAAGGCAUAAAUAUCACACUUACCGGGCGUUCCCGUGAAUUAUAUAUGUGCUUCUACACGGGCAACUUCGUAACACUUCAGUUAGAAAAAACACAAGUGUUCACCAUUGCUGUCAAAAGAAAUGGCUCCGAAGUGUAGCACGGUGCAGCAGUUUCAGUAGCACAAACAGCCUCAAUAAAAUGUGCAAAUACAAGGCG